AAAAAUUGCCCAUAUGUUAAACAUGUUUUUUAAUCCAAACGUAAUCGCAUGGGUGGUAAUUAACUACCUCAGGGACAGGCUCCGGCUUCUUCUAUCUGUCAUCUCCUUUGAGUGGAUCCGAAGUAUAUUCUUCCUAAAUUGUCUCGACCCAUCUGCUACCUGCAAAUCCUAAGGACACCCUUUUCUCGGUUGACCUGGUUUCUGCCUGCUUGCUGAGGAGCUCCGAAAGACUUGCCUUUCUGUCCGGCUUUCUGGUUCAUAUCCUUGAAUUUCACAGGUGUCUUCUUUGAAAAUAUGAGUGUGGGGUUAAAUAAGUCUCCUUCAAAUGGCUUAGAGAAACUGACAUCAGAUGAGCAACAGGCUAAGAUAAAUGAGUUGAGGAGGUUAAUAGGGCCAGUGCCAAAUAAGUUGUCCAUUUAUUGUUCUGAUGCAUCCAUCUCAAGAUAUCUAGUGGCACGUAACUGGAAUGUCAAGAAAGCAAGUAAAAUGCUGAAAGAUUCCUUAAAAUGGAGAUUGGAAUACAAACCAGAAGAGAUACGCUGGGAGGAGGUUGCUCAUGAAGCGGAGACAGGGAAAAUCUACAGAUCAACUUCAAUUGACAAGCAUGGGAGAACAGUUCUUGUCAUGAGACCUAGUCGACAGAACUCAAAGUCAACAAAGGGACAAAUCAAGUAUUUGGUCUAUUGCAUGGAGAAUGCCAUUUUAAAUCUGCCACCAGACCAGGAACAGAUGGUUUGGCUAAUUGAUUUUGAAGGUUUCAAUUUGUCAAAUAUUUCAGUGAAGUUGACACGGGAAACUGCCCAUGUUUUACAAGACCAUUAUCCUGAACGCCUUGGUGUGGCAAUAUUAUACAACCCGCCUAAGUUUUUCGAGCCAUUCUUUACGGUGGUGAAGCCGUUUCUAGAGCCCAAAACUUACAAUAAAGUCAAGUUUGUUUACUCUGAUGACCUCAACUCCAAGAAGACAAUGGAGGAGUUAUUUGAUAUGGAUCAGCUUGAGUCUGCAUUUGGUGGAAAUAAUGGCACGGGGUUUAAUAUAAAUAAAUAUGCAGAAAGGAUGCAAGAGGAUGAUAAGAGGAGGGCCUCUUUUUGGACAAGAGGGAAUCCCCCCUCGGCAGCCACACAACCAGCUCUGACAAGUGCUCCUUUGGAUUCAAUCAACAUGGGCUCAGAUUCUGAUGCUACCGACGUAGUGAAAACAGGCAGUUCCCCUUCUCAAGGGUUGGAAUCGGAAGUUGAAUUCCCAGGUCAGAAUAUGCUGGAGACUGAUGGUAGCAAAAAUGCCACCUGAGAUGUAUGAUUGAAUGGGGAAAACAACAAAGGUGGAACAUCACCUUAUUUAAGGACACUCAACCCAACCAAAUGUCCCUUGCUGACCAUUUGACAUUUUGAUUAGAAACUUGAAUUUUAGGAGUUUCUGUCGUUAUCGGUGUCUAGAUUCCCUGGAUCAUUUUCCCCUGCAGUGUAAAGCUUAAUUAAGUUCAAAACAGCAUCGCAUGCGACAUUGUCUUGUAGCAUUCUCUCCUGUCUUUUGUCUUUAAUUUAAUCAAACCGCACACCACUUCCUUGAAA